GAAGUGAGCGAGGGAAGGGAACAUAAACAUGACCAGUGGAACACAGCCGUUCAUUCUGUUCUAAAUCUGCCCUUUUUUCAGACUGAGAAGAAGCAAGCAGAAUUACUCCAGGAGACACUACGGACAUACUAUUGUAAAGAUGGAGAUUAAGGAAGAACCCUGGAGAAUAAAAGAUGAAGAUACAGAGGAACAAAUAGGAGAAGCAAGCAGGAGGAAUUACUCCAGGAGAAACUACGGACAUACUAUUGUAAAGAUGGAGAUUAAGGAAGAACCCUGCAGAAUAAAAGAUGAAGAUACAGAGGAACAAAUAGGAGAAGAAGAAGCAAGCAGGAGGAAUUACUCCAGGAGAAACUACGGACAUACUAUUGUAAAGAUGGAGAUUAAGGAAGAACCCUGCAGAAUAAAAGAUGAAGAUACAGAGGAACAAAUAGGAGAAGAAGAAGCAAGCAGGAGGAAUUACUCCAGGAGAAACUACGGACAUACUAUUGUAAAGAUGGAGAUUAAGGAAGAACCCUGCAGAAUAAAAGAUGAAGAUACAGAGGAACAAAUAGACCUGAAGGAAAUGAAUGAAGACAAACUCCAUCAGUUUCAAAAACCUCAUUCUUUCACAAAUGAAGAUGGACACACAGUCGUUUUAAAGACUGAAGAGAAUUUCACUCAGAAACAAGCUGGAAAAUCUGGAGUCAAAGGAUCUUUAACCUGCUCUGAGUGUGGAAAGAGUUUUGUAAAUGAAUCAGACCUGAACAAACACAUGAUGAUUCACAAUGGAGAAAAGCCUUAUACAUGCUCUCAGUGUGGAAAGAGUUUCAGAUAUAAAGGACAACUAAAUGAUCACCUGAGAAUUCACACUGGAGAAAAACCAUUCACAUGCUCUCAGUGUGGAAAGAGUUUCGGUCGCAAAAACUCUCUCAACAUUCAUUUGCAUUAUCACUCUGGAGUGAGAUCAUUCAGCUGUGAUCAGUGUGAUAAAACAUUUGUUUUGGAAUCAAGCUUAAGAAGACACCUUAAAGUUCAUUCUGCUGUGAAGCCUCACUUUUGUUCUGUAUGUGGAAAGAGUUUUUCACAACUUGUAUCUUUAAAACUACAUGAGCGUAUUCAUACUGGUGUGAGACCUUAUGUGUGCUGUGGAAAGACCUGCACUUCAUCCAGCCACUUAAAAUCACACGAGAGAGUUCACACUGGAGAGAAACCGUACAAGCGUUCACACUGUGGAAAGAGUUUCACUCGGUCGGGACACCUGAAAGUUCACGAGAGAGUUCAUACUGGAGAGAAACUGUACAAGUGUUCACACUGUGGAAAGAGAUUCUCUCGGUCAGGACACCUGAAAGAUCAUGAGAGAAUUCAUACUGGAGAGAAACCGUACAAGUGUUCACACUGUGGAAAGAGUUUCACUCGGUCAGGACACCUGAAAGUUCAUGAGAGAGUUCAUACUGGAGAGAAACCGUACAAGUGUUCACACUGUGGAAAGAGAUUCUCUCGGUCAGCACACCUGAAAGAUCACGAGAGAGUUCAUACUGGAGAGAAACCGCACCAGUGCUCAACAUGUGAGAAGAGUUUUAGAAAUUUAUCUAAUCUACUGAAACAUAAGAGAAAGCAUUGCCCAAAGGUGUCUAAGUGAUCAAAGUUCACUUCCAUAACUUGUUAAUAAGCAAAAGAAAAAACUACAUUUAAUACACCAAUUUAAUCUAAAAUUAGUUUUGAAGUUUGAUUUUUUUUUUGAUAAGGGGAACCGGUUUAAAUGGUUGUGAACUGCAUUGUAAGUGUUGCAUGUGGUGUUCCUCCGACACCCGUAUUGAUCCUCUGUUGCACAUGCGCAGUGUUACUGUAUACAAGAUGAACUGAACAGUAAAGCAACAAUGUGAAAAAGUGUCAGUGUCAUCGCUCAAGCAGUUAUUACUACUAUAUGCAUCCCAUACUGGGACUGCUUUCACCGCAUCAACAAUAACAAGGUUGAAGCAAUGCGCAUUACAGUGGACAUAAAAAGCACCUUUAGCCUCUGCUUUGAUCCUCGAUGCAACCUCACUGUAUUUCUACCAGAAAAACUCUGCAGUUAUUUAUUUUUCAGACUUUCCUCAGUCAAGAGGGCACCAAAUUAAAAAAUUCUUUUAUAUUUCGACUACAUAUAUGAUCCACUUUCAAUAAAGAUUAAUGUUGCAAUGAGUGAAAUGCUCCUUUAAAUGAACACUGAUUUUGCUUAUUAGACUGGUGUUCUUUUCUAAAACAGCUUUGCUCCUUUUAAUCAUUUCUGCAUUUAGAGUUCAAGGAGACCAAGGAGUCGGAAAUGUAGAGAUCGCUAGGUGCAUGUUUUCUGUGCAAGGCUGUGGGAGGCGAAGUUUCAUGUCAGGAAAAAGCCUGCAUAACCAGCCUAACCCUAACCCAUGAAAAUUAAUUCAAUAGUCAUACCCUGAGCUAAAUAUGAGCAUUCUAUUUUUAAGGGUAACGGUGUACUCAACAUUUAAGCAAUUAGGUCCUGUUAAUCAAAUUAAUACACACUGUUUUGUAUGCAUUUCUCAGUAUUGAACGCAUGACAUGUGGAUGGCUGUAACCAACAUCUGUGAUGUUUUACACCAGACUGAUCUCAUGAAGUAGCGUGUGUAUGACACGCCAAUUCGUAUUUCCAUUUUUGGCGUGCUAUC